GUCGUUCUUUCCGGACUCUCUGCCGGCUGUGGCUGCACGAUCUGUGGAGAGCCGGGGCCGUCAUCAUGGUGAAGCCGCGCUUCAAGGGCCGCGCCAGCCUCAACCCCUCGCGGGCCAGCACCAACCCCGAUCGGCCGGCGGAGGCGGCGGGCGGCAACAUGCGGGACCGGGCAACCAUCCGGCGGCUUAACAUGUACCGGCAGAAGGAGCGCAGGAACAAUCGUGGGAAGUUGAUCCGGCCACUCCAGUUCCAGUCCACAGUGGCACCAGGCACAGUGGCAAGAGUGGAGCCCAACAUCAAGUGGUUUGGAAACACUCGUGUGAUCAAGCAGUCAUCCCUCCAGAAAUUUCAAGAGGAGAUGGAGACUGUGAUGAAGGACCCCUACAGAGUGGUCAUGAAGCGGAGUAAGCUGCCUAUGUCCCUCCUCCAUGACCGAAUUAAGCCUCACAAUUCCAAAGUUCACAUUCUUGACACAGAAACCUUUGAAAUGACAUUUGGCCCUAAAUCGCUCAGGAAGCGGCCAAAUCUCUCGGCGAGUGAUGUGCAGUCGCUGCUGGAAAACGCUGCAGCCGGGGCCAGCAGCUAUGACAAAGACAAGGACCGGGAUUUAGUGGUGGAGGAUACGGGAGUAAGGGAAGAGGCCCAAGAGGAGAUAUACAAGAAGGGGCAGUCCAAGCGGAUCUGGGGAGAGCUUUACAAGGUGAUUGAUUCAUCAGACGUCGUGGUGCAGGUGCUGGAUGCGAGAGACCCAAUGGGAACCCGCUCCCCACAUGUGGAGAGCUACCUGAAGAAGGAAAAAGCCUGGAAGCAUCUCAUUUUUGUCUUGAACAAAUGUGAUCUUGUGCCUACGUGGGCCACGAGACGCUGGGUGGCCCUUCUUUCCCAGGAGUAUCCCACCUUGGCCUUCCACGCAAGCCUCACAAACCCCUUUGGAAAAGGAGCCUUCAUCCAGCUUCUGAGACAGUUUGGCAAGCUGCACGUGGAUAAGAAGCAGAUCAGUGUGGGCUUCAUUGGCUAUCCCAAUGUGGGAAAGAGCUCAGUGAUCAACACGCUGCGCUCCAAGAAGGUCUGCAAUGUAGCUCCUAUUGCUGGCGAAACCAAGGUGUGGCAGUACAUCACUUUGAUGCGCCGCAUAUUCCUUAUUGAUUGUCCAGGAGUGGUGUAUCCAUCAGGAGACACAGAAACUGACAUUGUGCUGAAAGGAGUGGUUCAAGUUGAAAAAAUCAAAUGUCCAGAAGAUCAUAUUGCCACAGUGCUGGAGCGAGCCAAGCCAGAGUACAUCAGCAAAACCUACAAAGUAGACUCCUGGGAAAAUGCGGAGGAUUUCCUUGAGAAGCUGGCUGCUAAGACUGGGAAGCUGCUGAAGGGGGGAGAGCCCGACGUGCGCACUGUGAGCAAGAUGGUGCUAAAUGAUUGGCAAAGGGGCCGAAUUCCUUUCUUUGUGAAGCCCCCAAAUAUGGAGCAGGGCCCUCAGCCCACAGCAGCUGCCUCAGUAUCUACAACCACGAGCCAGUGUGAGGAGUCUGGGGAAACUACAGGGUCAACAGAGACACCCAAAGAGCAGGCUGUGGGGGAUGACUGCCCCAGUACACCACCACCGACAACGACUACAUGGCCUUUGUCCCACGUGCGGCAGAACUUUAGGGAGAUCCGUGUGGCUCCUCAUUUCCUGCAAGAGGACUUGGUCCCUGUAGAUAUGUCGGAUGACAAUGAAACGGACAGUGACCCGGAGGAAGGUGACCGGCUUCAGGAGGCAGACAGUGGGCCUUCAGGCAAGGCAGACAGUAAGCAGGAUUCCAAGGCAGUGCUGAAGUCUCUGGAAGAGAAGAUUGCCAAGUACAAGAGAUUCUUGGAAAAGGCCAAGGCCAAGAGAUUCUCUGCAAUAAGAAUCCCAAAAGGACUCAGUGAAAAAGUCUUUGCGAAGUGUCAGCCAAACACAGCGACUGUUGCGAAUGGCAAAGCCAGAGGGAGUCGGAGGAAAGCUGAGAAAAGGAGGAUAGAAGAGGAGGAGGAGGCUGAUGCUCACCAGGUUAAGAAGCCUUGCAAGAAGCCAAGUUCUAAGGAGCGGAGAGCAGAGCAGCGGCAGCAGCGUUCCAAGAAAAUCGGUGUCCGUUAUUAUGACACUCACAAUGUCAAAAACAAAAACCGACUCAAGAAGAAAUGCAAUGUGGAAGGUCAGAGAUUGAACACAAACAGAAAUAAAUGCAAGCAGUAGUUUCUUCCUU